AUGUCCGAUAGCCCGUUCACACCUGGGGUGCGCCGUGGUCCGGUGGGCAGGCAGGCUCGAGUCCUGACGCUGCUGUCACUGUAUGCGAGCGAUAUCCGGCCACAAACUGUGAGCGAGACGAUCAACUGGUUGUGCGCGCAUAAUCCAGCCACGACCAGCACGCGAAGAGCCGCGGAGUCCAUGUUCGACGGCAUAACCGGGGAAGGUUCGAGCGUCGAUGAAAUCAUUGGGCGCUACGCACCGGCCAUACCGGUGCGUUUGCUGUCCAUCGUUGACCGCAACGUAUUGCGUGUGGCAAUCUAUGAGCUGUUCAAUCGCGAUAACAUACCGAGGAACGUCAUCAUCAACGAAGCUGUCGAGCUGGCAUCCAUGUUUGGCAGCGAGAGCAGCGCUCGUUUCGUCAACGGCGUUUUGGGUUCGGUUGCCCACGAUAUGCAUGCGUCCGUUGACAGUGCGGUAAAUUAG